AUAAUUUAUCAAAACCCUCGUACCUUGUAUAAAAUCGUGCGACCGUCGAACUGGUGUUUAGAAGUAGAAGAGAAGCAAUUUGACUACAACCGAACUCUCCAAUGGCUACUGAAAACAAAGCAAAGCCCAGCACUGUCACCAACAACGGCAAGAAGAGGAAGCAGUAUCUUCCACAAUGUUGGCUUCCACCACACCCAAAAGCAGUUAAAAAGAAAGGCGCAUACCCAUUAAGGCCUGGAGCUCAAGGUUUCUUUAUCACUUGUGAUGGUGGCAGAGAACGUCAAGCUGCUCAUGCAGCUCUCGAUGUUAUUGAUUCUUUUUUUGAAGAGCUAGUUAAUGGAAAGGAUUUAGGAGAGGAAUCUGCAGUGUUACCAAACAAGCCUCUAAAUAAAAAGAUUACUUUCUCAUAUAGUGAUGAUGAGGGUGAUGAUGACGACGACAAGGGUGAUGGUGAAGGAGAGGAGGAAGGACAAGAGGAAGUUAUUAAAUCAAAUGCUAGUAAAGAAAUUGAUGCUAGUCAAGAGAGUUUAACAAAUAAAGAUUUGGAUCUUCCGAAUUCAGAUGAUGUGUGCCAUGGAAAGGUAACUGAAGAGAACAGUGAUAAUCAGAAGAAUGGGGCAAAUAUUGAAAACCAAGCAGAUAACUUGGAGGAGCCACCAGCAAAGAAACAAUGCCUUGAAACAGAUACAUCAAAGAGUGCAACCAAUGAAAAAGAGAAAUCCAUUGAUAAGCUUAUUGAAGCUGAGCUCAAUGAGCUUGGAGACAAGAGUAAGAGGCUGUUCUUCAACCUUGAUUCAGGCUGUAAUGGUGUUGUCUUUGUGCAAAUGCGGAAGAGAGAUGGAGUUCCUAGCCCCAAAGAUAUCGUGCAGCAUAUGAUGACUUCAGCUGCAUCCACAAGGAAGCACAUGUCAAGGUUCAUUUUAAGAGUCUUACCUGUUGAAGUAGCAUGCUAUUCUUCAGAAGAGGAAAUUACAAGAGCAAUGAAGCCUCUCAUUGAGCAGUAUUUUCCAGUGGAGACACAGAAUCCUAGGAAGUUUGCUGUACUGUACGAGGCGCGUGCAAAUUCUGGUAUUGACAGGAUGAAAAUUAUAAACUCAGUUGCAAAGUCUGUACCUGCACCACACAAAGUUGAUCUUAGCAAUCCUGAUAUGACAAUUGUAGUUGAAAUAGUGAAGACAAUCUGCUUGAUUGGGGUUGUUGAGAAGUACAAGGAGUUGGCAAAAUAUAACCUGAGGCAACUUACAUCACCUAAGCAAUAGGGAAAAGAGAUGUUGGUUCCAUUGAUGGAGCUUCCAGCAGCACUUAAAAAACACCUGUUAGAUGGCUUUUCUUCUUUUAUGAAAUUUUGAAAAGAUAGUUCAUCAGGUAAGGAAUCUAGGUUUUAAUAGUUAGAGAGUUUUUUUUUUAAAGACAUUUUUAUUUUUAUUUUUCCAAAUAAGUGGGGUUUGGAUAUCUUUCAUUUCAAUUCCCUGGUGUAUGUAUUUGACAAGUCCUUUUAUUAUGAUUUAUUAUACAUGUACGAUUGUUAUUCCAUGAUAA